GUCGUUCAUCCUGACCACACACACACACACACACACACACACACAACCAGCCAACUCGAUCAAUCCUUUUAUUACCUACACCUUUCAAAACCUCGACCUGCGCCCCAGCCACAUUUCCUUCCUUAAACUCGAACAGAUUACUACAAUUCUCAACUCUGAUACCAAAAAAAAAAAAAAGAAAAGAAAAGAAAAGAAAAGAAAAAACACAUACGAAAGCAAAACAACAUGAGUUCGCCUUCAGUCCAAGUCCAACCCUCCGGCGCCACAGGCAACUCCGCCCCAGGCACAGCAUCGAAUUUUGACAUUGUGCGCUGUUCGCGUUGCCAGCGAUCGAUGAGUCUGGAGAAAGACGAAAAAACACCUGGUGUGGUCCGAUUCGGCAUGAAUUCCUACUAUUGCAGUCGUUGCGCCUCCAUGGUCGGCUAUCCCCGUUAAAAAACGAUGGAAUUCGGCAAUAAAAAUGAGUGAGGGGAGGAUGGUUAUGAACACACAAAACCGACUGGCACACUUGAUUUUGCUGGUUAUUACAUUCAUCUGUCUCGAGUCUCGACGACUUUUUUGGGUACAACAAUCUGUGCGGGCACAGAUUUUUCACGUUUCUUUUCGUUCGGGCAUCGAUCUCAGCGCGUUCCACACUACACGACACUACAACUGCGGGAGGGUACAUAUGAAAACUGGCUAUACGAUCGGUGUCUGGAAUUACUCGACUCGACACGGUCAAUUUGGACAUGUUAUGAAAUUUGUGGUGGAUGGAACCGGUGACUCGAUGGGAUUUUUUUUUGGCAUCUUUUUUCUUUUGCUUUUUUUUUUUUCAACAACAUAUACCCAUUUGUUCAAUCGUUGUCAUUGCAUACUGGACAUGUACCGAGUACGAGUCAGUGUUUGAUUAUUAGCGAUCGUUUCUAGCGGAAUACCCAGUGAGCGUUGUUUCUCUACUCUAAGAGUACUACUUCAUACUCAAGCUACUAUGAUACUAUUGUUCCAUAACCGUGGAUAAGGAUGAACCGUCGUCCACUGCCGGACGGACGGACAUGUCGAUCAUGAUGUCUGUCUAUCAGUCGGAGUCAUUGAAUAGGAGUCAAGAGUGAACCGUGUGGUUUCUGAAUGACAGAUGGGUCAAGAUGAAACACUAGUUUAAGUCCACUAGUGGUUCUUGUACGGAGUAGUCGAAAGGAGUUCGCUACUUACUCUGUUGACUACAAGCCUUUUUCUUGUAUACAAAUACCCCUCUAUGCCCCUCCCCCUUUUUAUUAGUGGUGCUUGUAGUACAGACUAUCCCC